GAGGGCUCGGCCCCCAGAGAGGGUGGGGAGAUGACACAGUUGUUCCCCCAGCCCUGGCGGGGCGGGCAGCAUGGUUCACUCCAGCAUGGGGGCUCCAGAAAUAAGAAUGUCUAAGCCCCUGGAGGCCGAGAAGCAAGGUCUGGACUCCCCAUCAGAGCACACAGACACUGAAAGAAAUGGACCAGACACUAAUCAUCAGAACCCCCAGAAUAAGACCUCCCCAUUCUCUGUGUCCCCAACUGGCCCCAGCACAAAGAUCAAGGCUGAAGACCCCAGUGGCGAUUCAGCCCCAGCAGCACCCCUGCCCCCGCAGCCGACCCAGCCUCAUUUGCCCCAGGCCCAACUCAUGUUGACGGGCAGCCAGCUAGCUGGGGACAUACAGCAGCUCCUCCAGCUCCAGCAGCUGGUGCUUGUGCCAGGCCACCACCUCCAGCCACCUGCUCAGUUCCUGCUACCGCAGGCCCAGCAGAGCCAGCCAGGCCUGCUACCGACACCAAAUCUAUUCCAGCUACCUCAGCAAACCCAGGGAGCUCUUCUGACCUCCCAGCCCCGGGCCGGGCUUCCCACACAGGCCGUGACCCGCCCUACGCUGCCCGACCCGCACCUCUCGCACCCGCAGCCCCCCAAAUGCUUGGAGCCACCAUCCCACCCCGAGGAGCCCAGUGAUCUGGAGGAGCUGGAGCAGUUCGCCCGCACCUUCAAGCAACGCCGCAUCAAGCUGGGCUUCACGCAGGGUGAUGUGGGCCUGGCCAUGGGCAAGCUCUACGGCAACGACUUCAGCCAGACGACCAUUUCCCGCUUCGAGGCCCUCAACCUGAGCUUCAAGAACAUGUGCAAACUCAAGCCCCUCCUGGAGAAGUGGCUCAACGACGCAGAGACUAUGUCUGUGGACUCAAGCCUGCCCAGCCCCAACCAGCUGAGCAGCCCCAGCCUGGGUUUCGACGGGCUGCCCGGCCGGAGACGCAAGAAGAGGACCAGCAUCGAGACAAACGUCCGCUUCGCCUUAGAGAAGAGUUUUCUAGCGAACCAGAAGCCUACCUCAGAGGAGAUCCUGCUGAUCGCCGAGCAGCUGCACAUGGAGAAAGAAGUGAUCCGCGUCUGGUUCUGCAACCGGCGCCAGAAGGAGAAACGCAUCAACCCCUGCAGUGCGGCCCCCAUGCUGCCCAGCCCGGGGAAGCCGGCCAGCUACAGCCCCCAUAUGGUCACACCCCAAGGGGGCGCGGGAACCUUACCGUUGUCCCAAGCUUCCAGCAGUCUGAGCACAACAGUUACUACCUUAUCCUCAGCUGUGGGGACGCUCCACCCCAGCCGGACAGCUGGAGGGGGUGGGGGCGGGGGCGGGGCUGUGCCCCCCCUCAAUUCCAUCCCCUCUGUUACUCCCCCACCCCCGGCCACCACCAACAGCACAAACCCCAGCCCUCAAGGCAGCCACUCGGCUAUCGGCUUGUCGGGCCUGAACCCCAGCACGGGCCCUGGCCUCUGGUGGAACCCUGCCCCUUACCAGCCUUGAUGGCAGCGGGAACCUGGUGCUGGGGGCAGCUGGCGCAACCCCGGGGAGCCCCGGCCUGGUGACCUCGCCGCUCUUCUUGAACCAUGCUGGGCUGCCCCUGCUCAGCACCCCGCCUGGCGUGGGCCUGGUCUCAGCAGCAGCUGCGGCCGUGGCAGCCUCCAUCUCCAGCAAGUCUCCUGGCCUCUCCUCAUCCUCUUCAUCCUCCUCCUCCUCCUCCUCCACUUGCAGCGAGGUGGCCGCACAGACCCCUGGAGGCCCAGGGGGGCCCGAGGCAGGGUCCAAACCUGAGUGAGGGCCAGUCAUGCCUCCCCUCCCAUUCCUCUGAUCCCUGCCUUGGUCCCUCACCUGGGAAGAGGGCGAGGAGGCCAGUGGUGGGGACACAGAGGGUCCUCAGAGCAGAGUGACAAGGGAGGAAAGACCAAAAAAACCAACCAACCAAAAAAAAAAAAAAAAAAAAAGGAAAUAAACUAACCAACAAAAGAGAAAACCAAAAAUAAUCACAACAGAAACCAGCUGCCCCAAAGGAACCAGAGGUGAAAAACAAACAAAAAAAACCAAAAACUAACCAAAAAAAAAAAAAAACCCACAAAAUCAAACAAACCAAAAAACCAGUCGCGAGCCAGACCUCAGCGUGCUCACCCUCACUGCUACAACGCCAAAUAAGAACCCCAGCCAGGGGCGGAGAAGCCUCCAGCAGGUCAGACCUCAUGCCACCGAGCCCUGGCUGUGGGACCAACCCCCAACCCUGCCUCCCCGCAUGGGGGCUACAGAUGGAAAAAGAAGAUGCCAGCUUCCUAGUCCCGGCCCCCAGCCCUGGACCAGCGAAGACAGGGCACAGCCUGGGCAGAUGGGCUGAUGGGCUGGGGCUCAGCACCACCCACCAAAUGUUCUUUUCCAGAAGGUGAAAGAGAAAGGGCCUGAACAACCUUACACCAAAUAUUCAGUAGCUUCAUCCAAAGGAUGUACAGAAUUUUUAGCAUUGUGCUCAACAGAAUGUGUCCCUACCAUGUGUCCCCAUCUCCCCUGGCCCCCAGCUCUCCCCACCUGGGCAGGGGGGCUCGCUUUAACCUCCUGCCUCCCCCCAGCCAGGGGAGAGUUCAAGAGAAGGCCUGGGGACAACUUUUCAUCCCCUGUUCCUCCCUCUUUUCCCCUUUGAAAGGUGGGCUAGGCCAUUUUGCCAAGUUCUAGCUCUCACAAGUCCCUCCUCAACCCUGUCACCCUCCUCUGCUCUGGAAGCGACCCCCUCCCCAUCUUAUGGGAAGGUGGAAGUUUCAGGCUAGAGGGGAUGAAGGCAUUCAGUUGAGGGCAUUCAGUUGUCUUUUUCCAUCCUGUCUGUUUCCCUGAAAAAAAAAAAUUCAUAUUCCAGUGCCUAUCCGUGGGAUCCUUCACGUUCUUUGACAUUAACCAGAAACCAAAAAGAGAACUCACCUUGCUUUUCCCACCCCGUGCCCCUCUGGUACUGGCGAAUGCCUCUCCCUCCCCCCCACAUGCACACACGCACACACCCCAGUGGUGGGGUUCCUCGAGAUGGCAUCCCCAUCAGGGUCCAUGUUGUGGGACAGUGCCACAGCCUGUGGUCCCCAUCUGAGAGGGUGCGGUGGUGGCCACCAGUCCCACAAGACCUCCACAAGUCUUGGCUGGACCCUGUGUUUGACCAGCCCUGGACACAUCUCCACUGACGACGGACAGAGGAGAGACGCCACUGGGAGCCACCCUGCCCUCCUGCUAUUGUGGAGGCCAACAAAGUUUUGAACCAAAAACCAAAAAAACAGAAACAAACAAUAAAUUUAAACUAGAAAAAAAGAAUUUAUAUAUAUAUACACGUAUAUAUAUAUAUAAAAGGGAAAGAAGAUGAGGACUCUUCAAGAAUAAGACGGAACCGCGAGGCGGAGCCAAGCCCCUGCACCGGUGGCCCUUGUUCCCCGAGGCGGACAGAAGGACGGAUGCUUCUUUCUCUUCACAAAUACCUCAUGGACGUCGUCUUUGGGAAAGCCGGAGGGGGCGGCUGGGGCAGGGCCUGUCCCUCGGCCAGGGCAGAUAGAAGCAGGUGGGUGGGGCUGAGAGAGGGUGUCAGGGACAGGGGUGAAGAACCCCAAACUCCCCCCCCAAAUCAACUGAAAAAGCUUUAAAAAAAGAAAGACAGGAAAAAAGGGAGUAAGAAAGCAAAAAGAACAGAUGAAGGAAAACUUAACUUUCCGGUGGUUUGAUUCCUCCUUUGAUUUCUUUUUCGGUUCUCUUUUGUCUGUCCUCUCUCCUCUCCUUCCUCUCUUCUCCCUCCUUCCUCUCUCCUCCGUCUCCCUUUGCUCUCCUCUCUCAAUCUUGUUCUUUCUGUGUCUCUCCUCAAACCAAAGUGUUGCAGUGAAGGACACGAGCCAUUGAAAUCAGGGUGGGGCCUGACAGCCACAGUGUGGCCCCCGCCCCUCGCUGGGCAGGAGCAGAGAGAGGGGAGAGCCCUGAGACCACAGGGCUUUGGCCUGGGCAGCUUCCACGUUCUGCCGGACACUUUGAGGAGAGGCAGAUGGAGCCCCAGGCCUCAGCGUUCUCUUUUUUCUUGUCUCCCUUCUCCCACCCGGGAAAUGAAACUGUUGGGCUGGGCCACGGAGGCAGCAGAGACUCGGCCAUUGCAGGGGCCUCCGGGUGCCUUGUCCGGGCAGUGGUGGAGUAGCCACCCCUCCCACCCCUGGCACGAUGGGGCCUGGCACCUUGACCCAUCCUCGCCGGAAUGUAAGCAUCUCCGCUGAAUGACUCCCUGCCCUUACCCUACCUCUGAGUUUGUCCAUGUUUAUUUCCUGAAGAGAGAAGGGACUGGCAAGAGGGCCUGGGCCCCAGCCCAAGGGUGGAGAGGGGGCCAAGGGCUCCUGACCAAAUAGGAAGGACAUUUGAGCAGAGCAAAAUGAAAGGAAUUACAACCAAAAACCCCCUCCGAGAAGACAGGCAGCAUGGAAGGCAUGGUGGAGAUGACUCAAACAAAAACUAUGAUUCUAGACCAAAAAGGAAAAAAAAAAAAAAAAAAAAAGGAAAGAAAAUCCAGGACUCACCACCACCCACUUCAUCCUGCUUCCUCCCCAUCAAGUCCCACCACCUGGGACCUCUCCCCACCCCAGUAUGGGGUAGUGGGGCAAACAGACGAGGAGGAGCAGGGGGCAGGGAUGGGGCAGAUGCCCUGACGUUGGUGGAGGGAACCCUGUGCAGCCAGGGGUGCUGGGGACCCUCCCCAUCCAACCCUCACACCUAGGAAAAGAAAAACAAGAAAAAAGAAAAUUCCUGGGAGGGGGAAAAAUAACCAAAUCCCAAGCUUUAACUACAGCUGUGAAACCAAAUAUUGGGAAGGGGGUAGGAGGGAAGGAGGGGCAGGUGAGCCCCAGGUCUCCCCCCUGGGCCCCCCUCCCCCGAGGACUCGAGAUAAGGCACCAAAUACCUCAUAGAACUUUAAUGUUAAAAAAAGGAAACCAAAUAUCGUUGGCUGGGGGCCAGCCAGGGCAAGGGGCUGGGGGGCUGGAGGGAGCCAGGGUUGGGAAGGUGAUGGGGGAAUUCAUGCCCCCCACCCCCAUCUGCCCCUUCCACUCUGGUCCCCCGUCUCGACUCCGGGAAACAAAACUAUCUCAUCGUUUUUAUUUUGUGGUCUGUACAGAGCCUGUGUCCGUGUGUCUGUGUGUGAGCGAGAGAGUUGGAGGGCUGGGGAGCUUUAUGUGGGGGAUGGGGAGGGAAACCCCAGGCUAGGCUAUGGGCUAGGUUAGGUGUCCGAGGUUGGGAGCUGAGGGCCUGGGCUAGAAAGAGAGGAGAGAUGAGUGGAUUGGAGCAGUGGGGAGCCCUCUGAAUUUCUCUUCUCCCCAACCUUGACCUCCUACUUAAGGGAGGGACAGAGACUGGGUCUACCCUAAUGGUGGGCCUUUUCAUUGUGCCAAAAAAAAAAAAAAAAACUGAUGCCAGUAACUAAACCACCUCUCUCUGUUCUCUUCUGGGGGGUGGGGUGGGUGUGUGUGUGUUGGGGUGGGUAGGGAUGGGGAACCCAAGCCCCAGUAGGAGUUGGGGCUGAGAUCAGGAGGAGGGGAAGGAUAUGAGUUUUCUACCCAUCUCCCCGGAGAAGGCCAUGAUGGGCUCUCCAAGCCCUGGGGAGAUUUGGCGAGGGACUAGCCAAGUCAGGGUGACCUCUUGACCUGACUAGUUUUUCUAACCCACCCGAAUACCAGGGUGCCUCUCUCUUCCUCUAGCCCAGGGUAGGGGGACCUGAGUGAGAGAGUGAGACAGACAGCAAGAUUGAGACACGCGGGCCCCCACUGGUCUCUGAGUGGGAAAGGCAAGUGCGAGAGAUAAAGGCCUCCAAGAGAAAAAAGAAACAAACCAAAGAUUUAACCAUUUAAAAAAAAAAAAAAAACCCACAGACAACUCCGCUACCUUUUUAUACGUUGGAAAAAAAAGUGAAAAAAAUUUAAAAAUAAAAAUUAAAAAAAAAUACACAAAAACUCCAAGCCGCAGGUCCUUCAUGCGGUUUAAACUUUGACCUCAGCAGUCUCCAAAGCAAGACGACGAUGACAAAGGCGGAAACAAAGAAAAAAUAAUGUAUAUUUUUAAGUAUUUGUCCUUGAAUUGUUAGCUCCUUGUUAAACAAACAAGAAAAGGAGAGAAAAAUCCAGAGAGAAGUGUUGCUGGGAUGGAGACGACUAUUUACUAUGUCUGUGACCCCUCCCUUUUGCCUCCCUCCCCUUCCUCUCUUUCCUGUCCUCUAUCCUUGCUGCCCCUCCCCCAACCUGUCCCCCAAACCCAGGGGCUCAGUAUUUAUUUAUUUAUAUAAUUGCAGGGUGACUGGGGGCCUCUCUCGGCAACUCAUAGAGGGCCUUUGGAUCAUGGUGGGGUGGGGAAAGAGUGAGGAGUCUUUGGGAAGAGCAGGGGCCUGAACUUUGAUCAACUCCUUUCUGGCCUCUUGUCCCACUGCUGCCACCAUCACCUUCCAAAUCCAGGGCUGCACUAGGGCAAGGUGACCACCCUACCUCGUAAAGACCUGAUUGGCGCAGCCCGUUCUGGUGUGGGUGUCUCUCACCGCCCAGAAUGACUAGGUUGGAAUGGAGGUGGGUGAAGUUGGAGGGGGUGGCAAGUACAAGGCAAGGGUGCCCAAGAACUGGCAUCCAGAAAUCAGCCCCAGAGUAGACCUGUCUUUCCUCCAUCCUCACCAAGUUAGCCUCCCUUUCAGUUCCGUCUGACCCCUGUGUUGGUAGCCCCUUCCUUCCCUUUCUGUACCCCCUCCCUGUCUCUUCUCGUGGUAGCGGGUUAGCGUUUCAGUGUUCUUAACUCCAAUCUGCUUGUUCAUUGUACAAUGUGCUUCUUUUAAGGCCCCAUUUUUGUAACUUGAGUGUGUCAUUCAUCUGGACAACAAACAUCAAAAAAUAAAAAAUUAAAAACUGUA